AUGGAUUACGCUUCCAGGAUCCCCAGCAUCUCUCUACGGAAGUGGUUCACCUAUCAAUGUCACACCAUCUUCCUAUUUAUCUAUAGUGAUUUCAAAACUAUUGUUCUUCCCAGCACCGUAUUUGGUGUAGUCAACUCUCUUGCUACUACCUCCUACGGCUUGGGCGAUGAGACAUCUAUUACCUUGCCACUUCUCUUUCGACGAAGCUUCUCAGCUCUUCUCUGGGUGUCACUGGUCUUUAUUCCCUUCUCGAUCAAUAACCAACGUACUCCAUCGGCUAUUGCCGAAGAUGCUGUCAACAAGCCCUGGCGGCCAAUGCCCCAAAGGCGCAUAUCACCUGCCCAAGCCCUAGUCUUAAUGGGCUUUUUCAUCUUUCUGGCUCAGGUUCAUAUCCAGCUGCGUGGAGGAAUUGGAAGACGCCAGUCGUUGAUUCUUCUCGCCCUCGACCUUUGGUACAAUACUCUCAGUGGUGCGGAUAAGAACCCUAUAGUUCGAAACGCCAUAAAUGCCCUGGGAUAUACGUGUUUUCUGUCCGGUGCUUUGGAAGUUUCUUUGGAAAGACCUCUAUCUCUAUUCCAGCAAAGCCCACAUAUACAUGCUGAAGAAAGCCAUCGGCUCGAUCAAUGGCUUUUUAUCAUUGCAUGUAUUGUCUUCAGCACCGUACAUCUACAAGACCUAUAUGAUCAAAAGGGGGAUUUCAUCCGUGGCCGUCGAACCUUGCCGUUGGUUAUUGGAGAUACGCUUGCACGUUGGAUAGUGGCUGUGCCAAUGCUGUUCUGGGGAGUGGCAUGUCCACUGUUCUGGCACCUAACAUCGGAGAUAUUUGCACUCAGUAUGAGCCUUGCCUGCAUCGUCGCGUGCCGCGUCCUGGCAAUGCGAACUGAGGAAGAAGACCGUACGACGUUCUUAUUCUGGAACUGUUGGAUUUCCAUCAUCUACAUGAUGCCGCUUGCUGCAGAGUGGGGGUAG